AACUAAACUUUGUCCUCAGUUAUGUGAACAGUUAUCACUGCAAAAUGUUCGUCUCAAAAGAAAUUCCAUGUAGUCAAAUGAUUAUUUUUCUAGUUACUCUUGAGUGAGAUAAUCUAACACUAAAGCGCUAAACACUAAACUGCCUGGAAGAGUCAUUGAUUCUGAGGCUGAGUUUGAUUUUGAGGUGAAACAAAAUGAUGGUGCUUCAGUGGAGACAGUUUUCUGAUUUCCAAAUAUUUCUGGAAAAGAAACUUUAACUUCCCUAAUUCAGGAUUUUAUUACUUAAUAAGAAAACAUAAGAAACAGUCCAAGUUAUUGUUUGUCCUUAUAUAUUUGUGUUAUAUCAUUUAAAGGUUCCCUGUGUAGUUUUCAACCUCUAGUAGUGCUAUGGAGCUGGUUUUCUGUGAUUAAGAUGGACUAAAUUGCUUUUUUAUUACUUCCUUUUUGUUGCUUAGUUUCACCUCAGUGACCCCUCCUCCUCCUCCUCCUCCUCCUCUCUCCACACACACACAUAUACUCACACACACCACACCCCUCAGACCAUUGGUCACUUACACCACAGCCCCGCCCACACACAGACUCCUUUAUAAAGACAGACCCAGCCCAGGGAGCUGAAGUUACACAGACUGUCCCUUUAAACACUGAUCUCCUCUGCAGACACAAAACUACUUUCUCUAAAGGGUCAGCUGACUUUGACAGGAGACUUUUAAGAGAAACUUUCAUCUGUAUCUUCCUGUCUUUUACUUUCUUUGUAGCAAAUAGAAGACACUCUGUGGAGACUUUAUUUUUCUGUCAUCAGAGGAACCUUUCAGGGGACUUCUUCCUUUUUGCCCUCUUGUCACUCUUAAGGAAUCUUCUAUAGAGCCCGAUGGAUCUGUCCGACCUUCCCUUCCCUCUCUCUUCUGCUGAUGACCUCUACGAUGACCCCUGCUUCAGCACCAGCGACAUGAACUUUUUUGACGACCUGGACUCCCGGCUGAUGCACGCUGGCCUGCUGAAGUCAGAGGACCAUCUUCAUCACCAUCACCACCACCACGUCCCCAUUGCAGAGGAGGAGGACGAGCAUGUAAGGGCUCCCGGGGGCCUCCACCAGGCAGGGCACUGCCUGCUUUGGGCUUGCAAGGCCUGCAAGAGGAAAACAACCCACGAAGAUCGGAGGAAAGCGGCAACGAUGCGGGAAAGGCGAAGGCUCAGUAAGGUCAACGAUGCUUUUGAGACCCUGAAACGCUGCACGGCGUCCAAUCCAAACCAGCGUCUUCCCAAAGUGGACAUCCUCCGCAACGCAAUCAGCUACAUCGAGUCCCUGCAGGCGCUGCUGAGGACUGGCCGGGACGACGGCUUCUACUCGUCAAUGGAACACUACAGCGGGGACUCGGACGCCUCCAGCAGCCCCCGCUCCAACUGCUCCGAUGGCAUGAUGGAUUUCAUCUCUCCGUGUUCAACGAGAAGUGAAAACAGUGACGGUUCCUACUGCAGCCAGACAGCAGACGAUUCCAGCAGCAACAAGCGGUCGCUCAUUUCCAGUUUGGACUGUUUGUCCAGCAUCGUAGAGCGGAUCAGCACAGAUCCAGCUGUGGCCCCACUGGGCGACAGCGUGGUCCCCCGGGGCCCCGGCUCGCCUCAGACCAGCCCUGCAAGCUCCAGUCCCUCCACUGAAGCCAACAGCUUCAACGAGCCACUCUGAACCUGACGGAGCCAAGGACUUAAACUUUAAAAGACUUUAUUUUCCUUAAGUUUGAGUCCAGUUUCUCCAGACUGCCGUUGUGUUCCAUUAAUGUCAGCAGAAGGAAAGCAGAGGACAUUUUCCUUACGGAUUCUGCUGCAGAUACAAUAACUGAGGACCAUUUUGUACAUCUGUAAAUAAGAGCUGUUUGUUCACUACACUACACACACACACACACACACACAAACACAAACACACACAAAAGCAAACACAGACACAAGGGAUGCUGGGAUUGUUGUGUCAUAUGUCUAUAUAUAUUAUUUAUGAGUGAAUGGCAUUUUAAUAAAGAAAUAUUUAUAUUCUGA